AUGACGACGGUUCAGUCUUCCUAUCUGAUAGUGUCGCGUACACGUGGGGUUGACUUCAAUUUCACAAAAAUGACGCUCAGGGCUGGUGCGUCCAAUGUGUCUGUCCGAGCAUGGCGUCGUUACUUUACCUUAUCAUCUGUUGACGCAGUCAUACAAUUAAUGCGAGAGGUGUUUGUUAAUUGCGGGAUAGCAUUUUCUGAUGAGCAAAUAGCCAUGAAAUGUUUGAUAAGCAGUACUAGAAACAGCUCUAUAACAGCUGAUGUUGGUGUUGAGCCCUCUACUAAAGAACCCAACUUGGCUUUUGUAUCUAUUGUAUUAGGUUACAUUGAAAAUCAUCUCACUUCUGGCUCAUCGGAAGAAUUUGAUUCUUUAAAACUAAAAAAAGAACAUUUAGACGCUUCUUGUGAUAACCGCGAGUUGGACAGCAAGUCAAGUUCCAUAUCCAGAUCGUUAUCUUCAAGUUCAGUUGUACAAGAAACUACUCAAAAUUCUAGUCACAUAUACGAAUCUCCCAUCUGUCGUCGUCAUCGGACAAGACGGUUUGGUUCUCGCCGUGUUCGUCAGCGAAACGAAUCAAGCGUAUCUGAUUCUGCAGAAAGUACUGGAGAAUUCCCAUAUACAGCUGCUGCCAAAGAUGAACCGUUGAAAAUAAUUACAGACAUGCCUGUUCGAAAGCGACGUCGGUUUUCAGAUAGUACUCUACCAAACUCGUCAUUCCCGUGUUUAACAUUUGAUGAGACUGAACGAUUGUAUCUAAAUUUUUAUAAUCUCAUCACCACUUCUCCGAAAUUGAAACCUUUUAUUGAACCAUCAAGUUUUAACAGUAGUAUAGGAUCAAAGAAACAAAGACUUCAUUCAAUUACAAUACCUUCAACAGAAACGAAGAAAUACGCCUCCCGUUCGCUAAUCUGUGCUAUAUGUGAAGUUUUAUGGAGUCAAAUGACAGUUAGUCGUGUUAAAGAACGACUAACUCAUACACAAAGUGUAUAUUCCUUUCUAACAACGGGGAUCCUCGACAGUUUUGGCCUAUCAUAUACAGUUGUAGCCGCUUGUCAACUUCUUGGUUAUUCGGAUGUAGACCUGGCAUUAUCUGAAGAUCACGGUUGGGUUGAAUUCGGUCCACCUGAUUUCCGUCAGACAGCUGAUGUUGCAAGUUGGGUGCAAGAAUCUCAUACAUCAACCAAUUCACAUAAUCCGGAUUUGUUUUCAACUUCACAUGAUGAUGCAUUACAGCAGACAGAACACUCUAGGACUCGGAAAAUAUCAUCAUCUACAGAGGAUGAAUGCAAUCCACCAUCUAUACGCAUUCCACCGCUUGAACAUUCUUGGCUUUAUGUGAAUGGAUAUCCAGUGAUAUGUCGUCCACGUAUAAUGGCAGUAGCCGCUGCGAUUGCAGCGAUGCAACCCGGAGCUUCAUUAUCCGCUGUUACCCACGGGCCCACUUCGGAACCUUUUGCGUACGGAAUACUUUCACCGAAUCCUUCAGUUUCAUCGGGUGGUGAUCUUGUUACACCCACUGGUGUAGUCAGACAUUUAUCCUCUGCAUCAGUGAUUUCUAUGCAAUUGGUGAUGUUAAAGCAUCGACUUUUAUGGUUGUGUUUCGAUGCUGGUUGUCUAUCUCGUUAUCCUUUGGGACUAACCAAUUUGGGAGAUUUAGAAGAUGCAUUUCCCACUAUGGGACGCCUUGCCACAUUUUUAAAUUCCUCGAAAUCAACAUCGUCAACAGAAAUAACAGAUGUGAAAUGGACUAGCGCUGCAGUAAAUCAGUUAAAAAAUUCUGAAAAUUCCCCUGAUUAUCCUGAUGUCUCUCCUGUUGUCAUGAGUUCCCAGUUGGUCUCUUCCGAUAUGUUAAGUCCUCAGUUACCAGAAACUGUUUCACUUGCUCUAGCGCUUUACAAUCGUGCCGUUAUAGUUAACCAGUACUAUUAUGCGAAUCAUCAUGUUUACCCGUAUACCUGUUUGGCUGGAUGUCUGUACAGGCAUGGAGAUCAUCGAGGAGCAUUGCGUCAUUGGGCAGAAGCAACGAAAGUUAUUGGGCACUACAACCACACAUCUGAAGAUUGGGAAAUUUAUCGAGAGCUUUUGGAGGUUGCCACACAUCUAAUGCCACAGAUGUUCCGGUUAGCCAGUGAAAACUCACGUUCUUGCUCUGAAGGCCUAGUAGACGCAGACCCCGAUGGAUGCUUAUAUCAACCAGAUAAUAUUUUGGACGAUCCACAUUGCCUUUCCUACCUGUUAUCAUUCUAUGAUCAUUUAUGUCUAUGGGAAGAAGGUUCACCUGUGCCAGUCUUACACGUGGGCUGGGUCGAUAAACUAAUGGUUAAUUUAACACGAUUUACUCAACGAGCUAGACGUCACCUAUACCUGUCUGUGGCAUCUGACAAAGAGGACAACAAAAGUGAUACUGUUCACUCACCAGCGCUUACACAUUCAACCUGCAAAUCAAGUCGUUGGGCCACUGAAUCAACGGAUACACUAAGUGAGACAGGAAUUAGCACCAAGCGUACACGUCGACAUCGAUCUAGUCAAAUGGAAUCUACACCCACUCAGUCUAACGUUAAAGAAGAACAAACAAAAUCUGCUGAUAGUGUAAAUCCUAAACUUGAAUCAAUGCUUGAUUACCCUACCAAUGUAAACCAUGAAUCAUCUGUGGCUACAAAAAUACAAAAUGAAAAGGAUGAUAUCAAGCAAAAGCCAUCAGGUCAAAGCAAAAAAGAGUCUAAGCCUCGUACAUGGAAAUCCAAUAAAUUUGCUAAUAAUAUCACCGUGGAAAUUCCCGAGGAAGCAAGUAAGACGAAUAGUAUUCGUGCUAGCGAGUCUUAUUCACCUCACACAAAAUCAGGUCUAUCUUCUACUCACACAAACUCCAUGUUAGAUGAUGUUCAUUCUGAGACAGAUCAGGUAUUGGAUACAGAAGAACAAGAUGGAUCACCUUCUCCUCUAGUUGAUUUUCCUAAUCAUGAUGAACUACUCGCAAGUCUAGUUGAGGCUUGUGACCAUCGUCUUUUGAAUCCAGCUUUCCUAUGGGGUGUGGAACCGUAUUCCCCUUUUCUUCCAGCCAAUAUCGCUCCUGAAGAAGCAUUGAAUCGUUUGAUGACUGUGUUAGAUGAAAGCAAACCUACCAUCUUGUUACACAACUCAAGUGCUGAUGCAUUCACAAACAACGUGAUCCAUCAUAUUUUCCCAACACCUCCGAAUUCUGGAAGUCUCAGUGAAUCACUAGAUAAUGUAGUGAAGGAAGAGUCAACUGCUGCUACCUCACGGUCACAAAAAAUACUGUUACCAACAACACCAAUAUGUUCAGACAGCAAAGGUGCAACUCAGCAUCCUCCUACGGUUGUCGAAAAUGAAUCAGAUAGUUUAUCGAAAACAAAAAUUGUAACUGUAGAAGAAACAUUGUUGCCUGAUGGUUUUGAUACUGUUGACGGUCCUCAUGUUUCUUCAAGUGAUUUCGACUUACUGGCUAAUAUGCCUAAUGAAUUAAUGGAUUCUGUAGCAAGUUUAGCUGUUGAAAAUCAAACUGUCUCCCCGAAUCCGAGCAGUCCUGCUGACUUCUUCGACUUAUUACUUGAAUCCGAAAAUAAUUUGGAUAAAACUAUCUGUAAUCAUCAAGAUGAUAAAGAAGAGGAAGAAGAUAUGCUAAAUAGUGAUAAUCAGUCUAUGCAGUUGUCAUCUCCAUCUCGUCAUUCAACACACCGUGUAGCUAAAACAAUGGAAGAGUUAAGUGUUCACUUGUCAUUGUAUUCAGUUAAAAUGGCUUCAAUUAUUGAAUUGUUACGAGCACCACGAUUGAAUUCCUCAGCGAUUAAGCUAGCAUUGACAGCACAAAGUCAAGUUUGUGUUCGUCGGUCUAGUAUUCAUCCUACUUACUUUUAAUUAAUCAAUUAAUUAAUACAUUUUAUACUUUGUUACCAUACACCUUUGUACUUCACCAUUUACUCAAUCCUCAGUACUAACUAGAGUUUACCAUCCAAGAUGCAUUGUAUGUGUAUAUAUGUAUCAUGUUUGUAGACACGCUAUUCUAUUUAUUUUUAUUGUACUGAACGUCUAUUGUUCUUUUAAUUUCCCCUAUUCUCUUUCCAAAUCUUUUACACAUGUAAACACGAUUUUUUUCCUCGUCAGCUGUGCAUC